AUGGUCGUGUCAAUACCGCUUAGUCUCCCUAGGAGGGUUCUUGCGGCUGCGAACGAGCUCCGCGUCGGUGUCCACGACAAGGCGCUUCUGUCGAUCAGACCAGGUGUUCCGAACCUGUCACAAACUCGACCGUUGCAGACCCGGUCACCGAUAGCAUCCCGCCGACUUCCUCAUCAGGCCACAAGCACAUCGACCCUUCGACACGCCAGGACAUUCGCAACGGGCCUCACCGCUCGAGCUGCAGAGAAGCGACCUGAGAACUCUCUUCGGCCUACGCUCUCCGACCUACCCGACAAAGUCGAUGUCUCCGUCGGUCCAGCUGGACGACUCUCCAAAGUGAUCCCCGCUCGCAGUGGGUCCAAGAUCACGACCCGCGUCGGCAGCAGCUAUGCCGGCACCCACACUUUUUCAUGGAUGUCACCACCCUCCAACGUGCUCAUUGUCAAGAAAGCUCGCGAUCAUCGCGCUACCAAAGCAAUGUCUCGCAUCAUCAAACACAUCCGCUCCGCUUACCCAACCCUCAACAUCAUCCUCGAACGUCAAGUCAUCGAUUCCAACGAUGGCGAUCUCGCAACUUCUCACCCGGAGCUCAUCUCUGCUGAUCCGGACGACAAGAGUCUGUUGGCGCAAAAGACGGAUUUCGUCAUCACCCUGGGCGGAGAUGGCUCUAUCCUCCACGUUUCCAGUCUGUUCGAUAGGGAUGCUGUACCACCCGUGUUGAGCUUCUCCAUGGGUACACUUGGCUUCCUGUUGCCGUACGACAUCAGUGGGUACAAGCAGGCGGUGGAGGAUAUGGUUCAGGGCAACGUCAGCUUGCUGCUGAGGAUGAGGUUGAGGCAGACGAGUCACCGCGAGGAUGGCGAGACCUUCUGUCAGGUUCAAGAUCAGAGGCAGGAGGGCGGAUGUUACGAUGUGCAUCUCAUGAACGAGGUGACGCUUCAUCGAGGCAGAGAACCGCACAUGACAAAGAUCGACGCGUACGUCGACGGUCAGCAUCUGACGCAGGCGAUCUCGGAUGGGUUGAUCAUAGCUACUCCCACGGGAUCGACGGCAUAUUCGCUCUCGGCUGGUGGGCCCAUUGUGCAUCCGAGCGUGCAGAGUCUGGUGCUAACACCCAUCUGUCCGCGUUCACUGAGCUUCCGUACGGUGCUGCUGCCGAGCGACUCGGUGAUCCAGCUCAAGAUCUCGGACGACUCUCGCUCACCAGCAGAACUCACCGUCGACGGUCGAGUAUCCAAACUGCUCCAGCCAGGCGAAUACCUCCAAGUGUCAAUGAGCCCUUUCCCCAUCCCCUGCGUCAGUCGCAAAUGGUCCGACCCACGACCUCCACCUCCUUCCCUCACCAGCUCGUCUUCCAGCAGUGAAGUUGUGGGUCCAGGUGAAAAGUACUCGGAUCGAGGCGAAGACGAUUGGGUACGAGACAUCAACACUUUGCUCAAGUUCAAUGCCAGUUUCGGUGGUAGAGGUACGCUCAGCGGCAAUGGUGGGUUUGAAGAGGACGAAGAUUAG